UAACCCGAGUGAGGCUGAGCUUCGGGCUCUGCAGUUCUUUCGCAGCGCCUGAGGAGGAAGAGCAGGAUCAGCUGAACUACAGAAGAAUAAACAACCAGGAUAUUUAAUAAAGAACAGUGUUAAACUGCUGAAAGAGGUGAAGCACAAGCCAUCCAGAAGAAUCUCCUGAAAACGCAGAAAUUGUUUGCUACAUUUCACAGACAGAUGGAGCCAAGUCCCGACAUGGAGAAACAUCAGCACUCUGUCAAGGGUUUUACUAAACAGAGUGAUCUCAAAAAACACCAGCGCAUUCACACAGGAGAGAAACCGUAUCACUGCUCAGACUGUGGGAAGAGUUUUAAUCAACAGAGUCAUCUCAAACUGCAUCAGCGCAUUCACACAGGAGAGAAACCGUAUCACUGCUCAGACUGUGGGAAGAGUUUUAAUCAACAGAGUCAUCUCAAACUGCAUCAGCGCAUUCACACAGGAGAGAAACCGUAUCACUGCUCAGACUGUGGGAAGAGUUUUACUAAACAGAGUCAUCUCAAAAAACACCAGCGCAUUCACACAGGAGAGAAACCGUAUUACUGCUCCGAUUGUGGGAAGAGUUUUACUGAACAGAGUAGUCUCAAAAUACACCAGCGCAUUCACACAGGAGAGAAACCGUAUCAAUGCUCAGACUGUGGGAAGAGUUUUACUCAACAGAGUCAUCUCAAAAAACACCAGCGCAUUCACACAGGAGAGAAACCGUAUUACUGCUCCGAUUGUGGGAAGAGUUUUACUGAACAGAGUAGUCUCAAAAUACACCAGCGCAUUCACACAGGAGAGAAACCGUAUCACUGCUCAGACUGUGGGAAGAGUUUUACUGAACAGAGUAGUCUCAAAAUACACCAGCGCAUUCACACAGGAGAGAAACCGUAUCACUGCUCAGACUGUGGGAAGAGUUUUAAUCAACAGAGUCAUCUCAAACUGCAUCAGCGCAUUCACACAGGAGAGAAACCGUAUCACUGCUCAGACUGUGGGAAGAGUUUUAAUCAACAGAGUCAUCUCAAACUGCAUCAGCGCAUUCACACAGGAGAGAAACCGUAUCACUGCUCAGACUGUGGGAAGAGUUUUACUAAACAGAGUCAUCUCAAAAAACACCAGCGCAUUCACACAGGAGAGAAACCGUAUCACUGCUCAGACUGUGGGAAGAGUUUUAAUCAACAGAGUACUCUCAAACUGCAUCAGCGCAUUCACACAGGAGAGAAACCGUAUCACUGCUCAGACUGUGGGAAGAGUUUUAAUCAACAGAGUACUCUCAAACUGCAUCAGCGCAUUCACACAGGAGAGAAACCGUAUCACUGCUCAGACUGUGGGAAGAGUUUUAAUCAACAGAGUACUCUCAAACUGCAUCAGCGCAUUCACACAGGAGAGAAACCGUAUCACUGUUCAGACUGUGGGAAGAGUUUUACUUUACAGAGUAGUCUCAAAAUACACCAGCGCAUUCACACAGGAGAGAAACCGUAUUACUGUUUCGACUGUGGGAAGAGUUUUAAUCAUCAGAGUAAUCUCAAAAUACACCAGCGCAUUCACACAGGAGAAAAACCGUAUCACUGCUCCGAUUGUGGGAAGAGUUUUACUGAACAGAGUAGUCUCAAAAUACACCAGCGCAUUCACACAGGAGAGAAACCGUAUUACUGCUCAGACUGUGAUAAGUGUUUUACUACACAGAGUAAUCUCAAAAUACACCAGCGCAUUCACACAGGAGAGAAACCGUAUCACUGUUCAGAUUGUGGGAAGAGUUUUACUUUACAGAGUGAACUUAUAAUACAUCAGUGCAUUCACAAAAGAUAGAAAAGUAUCCCAAAUCUGUUCCUCUGCCAUAAAAAAUGCAAACCUUAAAUCUUUCAGACAGCCAAAAACACCUCAUCAUGUACAAAAUCUUCACUCUGUUACAAGAACUUCAUUUAAAAAUGGCUUUUUACAGGUUCAGAAAAAUGAAUCUUAUCCAGAGAUGAUGUUUACUGAAUUUCAUGCUGUGUUUUUAUGUUUGUUUGUAUACCUACAUUAGUUAAUGCCUGCAGAGCUCUUCAACACUUAGUGUUGUGUUUUAAGAAGUUUUUACACACAGAAUCAUAAAUGGUACCACUAACAGCAUGAACUAGGAACAUACAUUUUUACAAUUUUUUCAGUGAUAUGCUGAAUAAAUAGUAAAGCGAUGAUGCUAGCUCAGAGUAAAAUCGUAUAUUAAAUCUUAGCAUUAGCUUUAGAACUAAUAAUAAACAAAAGUGAGGAUUUUAUCAUUCUGGGACAUUUUUAGGUUUAAAAAUUGAAUAUGCUUUGCCAUAAGUAGGAAAUGAUCAUUUGGUCAACUUAUGUCAUUUACAGCCGUAACACAUUCUCAAUUGUUUACAUAUAAAAACUUUCUUUAUUUUUUCCUCCACUCCACGUUUGUAGUUUGUAGUUGGAGCGAGGGCACUGCCAGUGUUUGCUCCAGAUGUUAGAUUAGCAUUACUUAGUCUUUUAAAAUUUAGAUGUCGUAGUUUAAAGGAGUAGAGUAUUCUUAGGAGUAGAGAAUAUUCUUAGCUUGCAACAAAAGGCCAACAAAAUCCUUUUCAGAGUUAAAAAAAAAAAAAAAAAAAAAAACGGUCUAGCUGUAGUUUCCAUACUGAAAGCAACACUCAGCAGGCUAUGCAGCAGUAAGACUGCAGGAUCCUUGAUUCCCUCUACUGCACAUGUGUCAAACACAAGGCCCGCGGGCCAAAUGUGGCCACAUCCAAGCAAGAUCUUAGUGUCUAUAAUAAAUAGGUCAGAAGCGUUCUUUGACCAAAAACUACUUUU